ACACGCGCCAGCACUGUACUACACACUACACCCCUAUAUAUAGCGUUAUAGCUACCACAACACUCUUACACUCACUCAACUCAGAGUAACCACCAGAAUGGGCGAGGAGAAGAAGAAGAGCGAGGGUGGAGAAAACAAUGUCGUGUUGAAGGUGGAUUGCAGCUGCGAUGGCUGCUUUUCCAAGAUCAGACGCUGCCUCCGCUCUUACCCCGGCGUCGACAAUGUCAAGGCGGAGACCGACACCGGAAAGAUAACCGUCACCGGAAAUGUUUCAGAUCCCGCCAAAAUGAAGGAGAGGCUUGAGAAGAAGCUCAACAAGAAGGUGAUUCUUAUCUCACCUCAGAUCAAGAAGGACAAAAACAACAAAAAUGGCGACCAGAAUAAAGAGAACAAAACCGACGGCGAUAACAAGGAGAAGAAAUCCAAAGAGAAAGAGACUCCGGUAAUGACGACGGCGGUUCUGAAGGUGGCGCUCCACUGCCAGGGAUGCGUCGACAAAAUCCGCAAAACUGUCUCCAAAACCAAAGGGGUGAAUGAAAUGGAGAUAAACAAAGAGAAAGAGACGGUGACAGUGAAGGGGACCAUGGACGUCAAGGCUCUGGCUGCGAAUCUAACGGAGAAGCUCAAGAGGAAGGUGGAGGUGGUCCCACCCAAGAAACCAGAGAACAAGGAGAACAAUGGCGGUGGUGAAGGCAAGAAGAACAAGGGUGGUAAUAAUAAUAAUAAUGAAGAAAUGGUGAUGAUGGAGGUGAAUAGAAUGGAGUAUAUACCAUCUGCAUAUGGAUAUGGAUAUGCUCCUGUUGUGCAUCCACAUCAUCAUGGCGGUUACAGCUAUAUGCCUGUGUAUACGUACCCGGAGCAGUUUCACUUGCAUGCACCGCCACCACCUCCUCAUAUCUUCAGUGAUGAGAACCCACAUGCUUGUUCUCUCAUGUGAUGUCAUCAUCAUCGUCACCAUGCUUAUUAUGCUCUUUAGGGAUACCCAAUAGGGACUCUGUUUUCCUUUUCAAUGCUUGUGAGUUGUGAUUAAGAGUAACCAAUAGGAUUUGUUAUUACCUAUAAUGCCAUUGUAAAUGACAAAAAAAAGGAGAAUCUCUAUAGUCUAUACUCUUCCUCUCUCCCCCACUUCCACAGCUGUUUAAUUUGCUAAGAGAAUGUAAAUUGGUUAAAAAUAUAUAUAUUAUAUGUGGAAUCAAA